AUGACCAGUUUCAAUCAUUACUCUUUUGGGUCUGUUGCCAAUUGGAUGCAUCAAGUCAUUGGGGGGAUCGCGCCCCUCGAGCCAGGAUACAAGGCAAUCUCCAUUGCGCCUAUUCCAGGAGUUUCGACGAAUUGGAGGUUGACGGAUGCGGGAUUCCAUUUGAAAGUGAGAAUUCCACCCAACACCAAGGCUGAGAUCAACCUGCCUGGGACAGAUAAGAAGGAAAUUGUUGGAUCUGGAUUAUAUGAGUUUCACCAAUUGACCUGA